AUGGACAGGAAGGGAAACAAGUCUCGUAUCCGAGUCCACGUGGAAGUAUUGCCGAUGUGUUUUUUCCCUUAUCUUUUGUCUGGUCAUGCUUUCUGGAUUUCCCUCAUCAAAGAGUUACAAGGUGUUGUACCACCUGCGUUAAAUGCAGACGGCCAGCUGCUCUAUGAACCUGAGGAGGUCAUCUUGCUGCUUUUCUCAGUUAUUGAUGAUAGCAUUGAUAGCAGUGGUGAUGACAGCAUUGAUAGCAGUAUUGAUGACAGUAUCAAACACAAUACUGAUAGCAUUGAAUGCAGUAUUGAUGACAGCACUGAUGACAGUAUCAGACACAAUAUUGAUAGCAUUGAUGGCAGUAUUGAUGACAGUAUCGAACACAAUAUUGAUUAUCGAAUCGAACACAAUAUUGAUAGCAUUGAUGGCAGUAUUGAUGACAGCACUGAUGACAGUAUCAGACACAAUAUUGACAGCAUUGAUAGCAGUAUUGAUGACAGUAUCAGACACAAUAUUUAUUGCAUUGAUGGCAGUAUUGAAGACAGCACUGAUGACAGUAUCGAACACAAUAUUGAUAGCAUUGAUGGCAGUAUUGAUGACAGUAUCGAACACAAUAUUGAUAGUAUUGAUGACAGUAUUGAUGACAGCACUGAUGACAGUAUCGAACACAAUAUUGAUAGCAUUGAUGGCAGUAUUGAUGACAGCACUGAUGACAGUAUCGAACACAAUAUUGACAGCAUUGAUAGCAGUAUUGAUGACAGCACUGAUGACAGUAUCAGACACAAUAUUGAUAGCAUUGAUGGCAGUAUUGAUGACAGCAGUGACGACAGUAUCAAACACAAUAUUGAUUGCAUUGGUUGCAGUAUUGAUGACAGUAUCAGACACAAUAUUGAUAGCAUUGAUGGCAGUAUUGAUGACAGCACUGAUGACAGUAUCAGACACAAUAUUGAUAGCAUUGAUGGCAGUAUUGAUGACAGCACUGAUGACAGUAUCGAACACAAUAUUGAUAGCAUUGAUGGCAGUAUUGAUGACAGCACUGAUGACAGUAUCGAACACAAUAUUGAUAGCAUUGAUGGCAGUAUUGAUGACAGUAUCAGACACAAUAUUGAUAGCAUUGAUGGCAGUAUUGAUGACAGCACUGAUGACAGUAUCAGACACAAUAUUGAUAGCAUUGAUGGCAGUAUUGAUGACAGCACUGAUGACAGUAUCGAACACAAUAUUGAUUGCAUUGGUGGCAGUAUUGAUGACAGUAUCAGACACAAUAUUGAUAGCAUUGAUGGCAGUAUUGAUGACAGCACUGAUGACAGUAUCAGACACAAUAUUGAUAGCAUUGAUGGCAGUAUUGAUGACAGCACUGACGACAAUAUCGAGCAUAACAUUGAUAGCAUUGAUGGCAGUAUUGAUGACAGCACUGAUGACAGUAUCGAACACAAUAUUGAUAGCAUUGAUGGCAGUAUUGAUGACAGCACUGAUGACAGUAUCGAACACAAUAUUGAUAGCAUUGAUGGCAGUAUUGAUAACAGCACUGACGACAAUAUCGACAAUAUUGAUAGCAUUGAUGGCAGUAUUGAUGACAGCACUGAUGACAGUAUCAGACACAAUAUUGAUAGCAUUGAUGGCAGUAUUGAUGACAGCACUGAUGACAGUAUCGAACACAAUAUUGACAGCAUUGAUAGCAGUAUUGAUGACAGCACUGAUGACAGUAUCAGACACAAUAUUGAUAGCAUUGAUGGCAGUAUUGAUGACAGCAGUGACGACAGUAUCAAACACAAUAUUGAUUGCAUUGGUUGCAGUAUUGAUGACAGUAUCAGACACAAUAUUGAUAGCAUUGAUGGCAGUAUUGAUGACAGCACUGAUGACAGUAUCAGACACAAUAUUGAUAGCAUUGAUGGCAGUAUUGAUGACAGCAGUGACGACAGUAUCAAACACAAUAUUGAUUGCAUUGGUUGCAGUAUUGAUGACAGUAUCAGACACAAUAUUGAUAGCAUUGAUGGCAGUAUUGAUGACAGCACUGAUGACAGUAUCGAACACAAUAUUGAUUGCAUUGGUGGCAGUAUUGAUGACAGUAUCAGACACAAUAUUGAUAGCAUUGAUGGCAGUAUUGAUGACAGCACUGAUGACAGUAUCGAACACAAUAUUGAUAGCAUUGAUGGCAGUAUUGAUGACAGCACUGACGACAAUAUCGAGCAUAACAUUGAUAGCAUUGAUGGCAGUAUUGAUGACAGCACUGAUGACAAUAUCGAACACAAUAUUGAUAGUAUUGAUGACAGCACUGAUGACAGCACUGAUGACAGUAUCGAACACAAUAUUGAUAGCAUUGAUGGCAGUAUUGAUGACAGCACUGAUGACAGUAUCGAACACAAUAUUGAUAGCAUUGAUGGCAGUAUUGAUGGCAGUAUUGAUGACAUAUUGGUGGAAAUAGUGGUGACAGUAUUGGUGGAAAUAGUGGUGACAGUAUUGGUGGAAGCUGUGAUGACAGUAUUGGUGGAAAUAGUGGUUGACAGUAUUGGUGGAAAUAGUGGUUACAGUAUUGGUGGAAGCUGUGAUGACUGUAUUGGUGGAAAUAGUGGUGACAGUAUUGGUGGAAGCUGUGAUGACAGUAUUGAUUUAAAUAGUAAAGACAGCAGUGACUUAAGUACUAAUGACACUACAGGUCACAUGAUUAAUAUAGAUAUUGAUGAUAGCAUUUAUGGCAAAACUGAAAGUAACUAG